CACAAUUUAUUUGGGAAAAGUGAUCCUUCAAUCUCUUUCUCCUGACUAUCUAGCUAGCUAGUUAGUUAGUUCUUGAGUAUUAGUUCUGAGAUUGAGAGACGAUGAAGUUGCUUGCCGUUUUUGUGUUGGCCGUUGGCAUCAUCUCGGGCUUGGCAUCAGCCCAGGAAAUCUACGACGACGUCGAGAUCAAUGUGACAGCGAUCGAAUACUCUGAUGUCUACGAUGACGACUUUCCUCUGGUGGGAUAUGUCAGUGUCCCGAACACAGACGGACCUGUACCGGCUGUUGUGAUCAUUCCCGACUUUACCAAUGUGGAUGAUUAUGAAAAAGUGAGAGCCACCAUGAUUGCCGAGGAUUUUGGCUGGAUUGGAUUCGCAGCCGAUAUCUUUGGACCUGAGUUUCAGGGCGACCCUCUUGAAAGAGAUAUUGCUCGGUCGCAAGCAGGUAUCUAUCGGUCCAACACUACACUGUUUGCUGGACGAAUUCAAGCUGCAAUUGACAUCAUGAGGGCCCAUCCUCUUGUGGACGCGUCCAGAGUUGCCAUUAUUGGAUAUUGCUUUGGAGGCACCGGAGUAUUGACUCAUUCCUUCCUUGGAGGCACCGGAAUCGUUGGAGCCGUAUCUUUCCAUGGAGGUCUUACAGACUUUCCAGUCAGCACACCCAUUAUGCAUCCUGUCCUUGUUCUGAGUGGUGGAGAAGAUGAUACAGGGACUGAAGUGGAAUACCUAGAGAGCCAACUCAACGAUGCCAACGCCACCUGGCAAAUCACUCGGUACUCUGGUAUUGAACACGCCUUCACCGUGUGGCACGACGACCGCUACAACGAACGGGCCGACCACCGUUCCUGGUGGGAAAUGGCAACCUUCUUGGCAGAGGGAUUUGGCGAAAUCAGUUACGGAACACCCCAACCAAACCAAACCGAUGCCACCGCCGUGGAAUAUGAUGACGAUGGCUUUUCUCUCACUGGAUGGCUGGCCGUUCCCCCCGGGGCUAGCCCAUCUGAUCCACUUCCUGCCGUUGUCAUUGUUCCCGAUUGGGACGGUGUUAGUGGGGAAGAUGGCUAUGAAUCCGCCCGAGCCACGCUGUUGGCCGGAGAAGGGUACAUUGCCUUGGCAGCCGACAUUUAUGGAUCAGACUUUCAGCAAGUGGAAGAUUUUGAUACGCGUGUUCAGCAGACAACGAUCUAUCGAUCGAACUAUACCCUCUUUGUGUCUCGAAUCCAGGCAGCCGUGGAUGUGUUGGUGAACCAUGAACUUGUCGAUGCAGACAAUAUUUUUAUGAUUGGUUAUUGCUUUGGCGGCACAGGAGCUGUGAACUAUGCGUUUAGUGGUCUACGGGAUGUGAAGGCCGUUGUCCCCUUCCACGGUGGUUUGACCAGCCUCGCACCCAUUCAAACGGAUAAUAUCUUCCCGUACGUGUUGGUUCAGUCGGGAGGCGAAGAUGAUGCCCACGGCAACAACACAGAAUUGGAAAUGGCCUUGAAUAGUGCCAAUGCAACCUGGGAGAUUAGCCGCUACUCGAACGUCUUUCAUGGUUUCACGGCAUGGGGCGGUCGGGCUUACAACGAGCUAGCUGACUGGCGCAGCUGGGAUGCAAUGCUGGAAGUGUUUGAUUGGAUUCUCUUGCAAGAUGACGAUGAAAGCUUCCCACCAGAGUCGUCAGUAGAUGAACCUACAACAAUCGUCGCCGCCAUGGAGAACCCCGAUGCGGAUCCUUAAGGGACCAAAUGCACUGUCAUUGUAAAUGUGUACAUGUUGAAAAUGAUAGCAACAAAUGUGAGCAGCUAUACUCUGAGAUGGAACCUUGCCUAUAUAGCUAAAACAAAUCUACGUAGCAAUGCAUGUU